AUGACGCUGCCCAGAGGAGGCCGUCCACCAAAAGUCAGUGACAAGUGUCAGACGUCCAAGAACAAAGCGGUUCCUCGGAAUCGGGCCUCCCAGAUGAGACAAGGAGAGAAGGAAGAGAAGAAGACCGAGAGGAGAGGGAGGGCUCGGGGAGACGCUGGGGAGGAAGCGUGCUGCGUUCACGCCGCAGCACAGAGGACCCGUGUGGACUGCAUUCGAUUCUGCUGCAGGUUCGGGACAUCGCAUGUGCGAGACCUUGGCCUCGGCUAUGACUCGGACGAAAUGGUGCUGUUUAAGUACUGCAGCGGUGCGUGCCCGCGUGUGCCCUCGAACCACGAGCUCACCCUCACCAAUCUGCGCUUGAGCGGCGCCCUGCCCCCCACCGAGACCUGGCACUACACGCCGUGCUGCCGCCCGACGCGACACGAGGACAUGGCCUUCCUCGACAACGCCCACCGCUGGCACAAAGUCGAGAAGCUCUCCGCCGCUGCCUGCUACUGCGUCGGCUGAAAGAACCCAAACGAUACGGACGCUUACACUUGCUGGUGGGGAAAAUGAAUCGCUCAGGCUGUAAAUAAGACUCGUGUUUAGUUAGGAACAGCAGGUAACACAAUUCCCAAAACACGCUGCGUAUCGUAUCACACGUGCCUCUCGCUUUCUCUUGAUAUUGAACUGACUUCUUUCUUGCUAGUGAUGCUGAAAAGUUCGGCUUUAGCUCGCGAGGACAGAAAGACACAGCUGAGGGAACACGUGG